AUGGCUGCGAAUACCCAUUUAGCUGCUGUUCUACACGGUGCACACGACAUAUGCCUACAACAGCGCAUUACCACCCAUCCCGGUCCAGAUGAGGUUCAGGUCCGAAUUCGAGCAACUGGAAUCUGUGGAACCGACAUGCACUAUUACCACAGCGGCAAGAACGGCAUGUUCGUGGUGCGCCAGCCACUUAUUCUCGGUCAUGAGGCCUCCGGGGAAAUCGCAGCCGUGGGCAGCAACGUCACCCAAGGGUUUCAAAUCAGCGAUCGCGUCGUGAUCGAGCCCCAGCAACCGUGUAGGAGCUGUGACCUCUGCAACUCCGGCUCCUACAACAUAUGCCCACAUUUGAAAUUCACGGGUUCCGCCAGCGUGCAACCCCCGAUCCAGGGGUCUCUCCAACAGCUAUAUAACCACCCGGCCCUCUUCGUACACAAGAUUCCCGACGCCAUUUCCUUUGAGGAGGGAGCCCUCCUGGAACCUUUGUCUGUCGCCCUGCAUGCCGUCCGCCGGUCAGGGUUGAAAAUAGGCCAUUCAGUGCUUGUAUUGGGCGCAGGCGCUAUCGGCUUGCUGUGUGCCAGCUUGGCUCGGGCUGCUGGUGCUUCCCGUGUGGGCAUCGUGGAUAUUAGUCAGUCGCGUCUAGAUUUUGCCAUGGGAAGGGAUGGAUCGCAAAGUGCUAUAGCGACGGAAUCAUACCGCAUUGAUCCCUCGACGGUUGAUGAUGUGAAGGAGGGCUUCGCUAGCCAUAUCGCGAAAGAUAUACUAGUCUGA